CGACUCUCGGGACAAGCAGUAGAGGAGGUUACGACACCGGAACUAGAAGAGCCACGUCCUCAGUUCAAAAGCGACCUCAGAGCUCAGCUGGCUUCUUCAUUCGCAUUUCUCGGUGGAAAUGGCACAGUUUGAGGAAGUAGCCAAGAAGUCUGUGCUGCACCCCAAGCCUGAUGGGCUCAUUCUGCAGUACGGGACAGCUGGGUUCCGAACCAGAGCCCGGGACCUCGACCACGUCAUGUUCAGGAUGGGGCUGCUGGCUGCCCUGAGAUCCAAGAGGACGAAAUCGACCAUCGGGGUCAUGGUCACUGCCUCCCAUAACCCUGAGGAGGACAAUGGCGUGAAGUUAAUAGACCCUCUGGGGGAGAUGGUGACUCCGGCUUGGGAAGACUACGCAACUCAGCUGGCCAAUGCAGAGCAAAAUGGAUUACUGACAGCCUUAAAGGAUAUCAUUGAGAAAGAAGCGGUGAAUAUGGACCAAGAAGCCUUUGUAGUGUUGGGUAGAGACACCAGGCCAAGCAGCGAGAAGCUUUCUCAGGCUGUUUCUGAUGGCGUUGCUUCCCUAGGAGGCAAAAGUCAUGAUUACGGCCUGGUGACAACCCCACAGUUGCACUUCAUGGUUUGUUGUCGAAACACACAAGGGCAAUAUGGGACAUCAACUACUGAAGGGUACUACCGGAAACUAGCCCAGGCCUUCAUCCAGCUUACAAAGCACGCUCCAAACCGCACAGAUGACCAAAAGCACUUAAAGGUGGACGGUGCCAACGGAAUUGGCGCACUGAAGCUGAAGGAGAUGGAGAGCUUCCUGCAGAAGGAGCUGCAGAUCUCGGUUUUCAAUGACGGAAGAGAAGGAAAACUCAAUUUGCUCUGUGGAGCAGAUUAUGUCAAAGUGCAACAGAGCCCUCCUCAAGGUGUCCAGAUGACAGCAGGAGAGCGGUGCUGUUCAUUUGAUGGAGAUGCUGACAGGAUCGUUUACUAUUAUGUUGACAGUGCUGGGCACUUUCACCUGCUGGAUGGAGACAAAAUAGCAACUCUGAUUAGUGCCUUCCUGAAAGAGUUUCUCAUAGAGGCAGGUUUGGAUCUACAGAUUGCCGUUGUACAAACAGCAUACGCCAAUGGUAGUUCAUCCCGCUACCUUGGAGAGACAAUGAAGGUAGACGUGUACUGCACAAAGACAGGUGUCAAACACUUACACCACAAGGCUCAGGAAUUUGACAUUGGUGUUUAUUUUGAGGCCAAUGGGCAUGGCACUGUUUUGUUCAGUAAAGCAGCAGAAAGGAAGAUCAGGCAGUUAGCAAAUGACCAAAAUGCAAGUGACAAGAGAAGAAAAUCUGCACAAAUCCUGGAAAGUACUGUAGAUCUAAUAAAUCAGACGGUUGGGGAUGCCAUUUCAGACAUGCUGGUAAUUGAGGCUGUCCUGGCUCUGAAAGGCCUGAGUAUCCAGCAGUGGGAUGCGAUUUACACUGACCUUCCUAAUAGGCAGCUCAAAGUCAAGGUGGCAGACAGGAGGGUUAUCGACACAGCUGAUGCAGAGAGACGAGCAGUCAGCCCCGCUGGCCUACAGGAAGCCAUUGAUGCCCUUGUGAGAAAAUACAACAUGUCAAGAGCCUUUGUCCGGCCCUCAGGAACUGAAGAUGUGGUGAGGGUGUACUCUGAAGCAGACACACAAGGCAAUGCAGAUACCUUGGCGUAUGAAGUAGGCCUGGCUGUGUACAGACUAGCAGGAGGAAUUGGAGAAGAACCAAAGCCGUUGAAUUAACUGUCAGAUUUCAGGAUUUGUCCUGUAUAAACUAGUUGACUCUUGUCUUUUUAUAAAUCACUUUAAUCAUUUUAUAGUGAUGCGGGUUCUUUCAAAGAUGAAAACAUUUCGAUGGGUGAAGCAUUCCUAUAUUCUCUUUGUCAUUUUCAGUUUUUAAGAGCACCUGUCAGUGCUGAGACUGUUGUCUUAUUAAGUCAGUCGUGUUUGUGUAAUUGUUUUUGUUUACUUGCCUCAUGGCAUAUCUAAAUUCCAGGUCUGGAUAAAUAUGUUUUACUCUGCUAUGUGUAGUGUAAAUUCUGCCUUAGAAGUUAAUGCAUAUGCAAAUGUUCACCAAGUCAUAAUAUGGACAGAUUGUGCUGCUACUAUACAGUAUGCACUUUAUUUGUGUUACGGCAGUAAGGUUCUUGAAUGAACCCUGAUUACAGUGUAUUCUGUUUUACAUAUGUGACACCCUAGAUUUACAGAAUUGAAUGUUAUACUGUAGCUUUGUUUACACUACAGAAGGUAUAUAUGUUUUUACAGCAGUAGUGAGGAAUUGGUAUGGGUUUGUCGUAUAUCACGUUGGUUCCUUAAACUGGUGCAAUAAUUCAUUGUGGUUCUGUGACAGAAUUAAAGAAACAUCUCAUGAAGACUCAACCCUCUGAAUCUGCAGGGUUUGAAUUUACAUGCAGCGAGUGCACUGAUUAAAUGCGGAGACGUGUAUUGUAUACUGAUAUACAGAAGUUUGUUUUUCCCAAUACAAUCAUUUUAGCUUUCAUCGUGGCUGCAUCUCAUGUCUAAUCUACCCGAUAUCAGGUGUACUGUAAAUGUAUGAUUAUUAAGGGAUUUUAUAAGGUGAGCCUAAUGUAGUUUCCUUUACCUUCUUGAAUCACUGUGACUAUAAAAUGGAAUUUCCUGAAAGAAGCUGUAAGAAGAUUUUUUACCAACAGUAGAUCUAUGCUAUGCUUGUAAUGUCCAAAUUAACAAAUCCUGUUAAUGAAUAUGAAACUUUGCAUAUGGAAAUGUGAAGAAUGUUUCAUUAACAUAAACUGCAGGCUUUUAUACAAUAAACUACAAUCCAAAAUGCUACAUUUAA